AGUAAACUCCCCCACCAUCGGACUGAUUGCAGGUGCGCGGGAUGGAGUCGUGGCUGCUGGACGUGAAGCGGGUGCGCAUCCCGAGGCCCAAGUUCGGCUCGUCGCGGUGCCCGGCGGAGCCCCCCAAGGACUACGGCGGCGACGAGGACGGCGGCAAGGGCCAGCGGGCGCGCCUCGAGCUGGGCAAGGCCACAGAGGACCUGAGGAGGGCCAUCCAGGACAAGCUGUGACGCCGGAGCGCCGCCCGCCGGCCGCCCCCAAGCCACUUGUAAAUACUUUAAUAACCCCGCAAGGCUGUGCUUUUAGAGAGUAAGUUUUAUUUAAUAUCGUGUGACGAAGUUGGUAUCGUUUUGUUGCUUAUUUGUUUCUCGCGGCAAAAAAAGUAUGUUGAAGUGAUUUUUAAGAAGAUUCCGAGAUGACAGAGCAGGUCAAAACGAUCAGUUUGAUUUUGGAAACGUCGAUAGUCUCGAUCUCAAUUUAAAAUAGAGAAAAGACAAAAGAAUAAAAAAACGUGUGGACCGGAGCACGACGAUGGAAUAUACAAAAGGGAUAAACCCCCCCAUCACUGACUCAUAUUUCUUUCGAAAACUCUACUUAUAAGUUUGCAACUACUUCAUGUAAAUCCACACGCAAUGCCUGCAGUGUGUACUAGGGUUUUUUUUUCUAUGAAACCAUUUCGCCUUUGUAAAUACUCAAUAAACGACAUCAUGAUGAA